GACGCAAGACAGUGCAGGGAGAAGACACAGCUACAAACGUACAUUAGAGUUGAGGUUAGAAGUAGAAGUUACUGUAUUUGAGCACAAUUUUAAGAUGUCAGAAGGAGUCUAUGAAAACACAGAUGGAUUUGAAGACAACAAAUCUAAUGCAAUGAAGAACACAGACAUCGAUGGCCAAUUAUAUGGCAACGUAGGAGCCUUCAAACCCAGUCGAAGUGAUGGAGUUGUUGCUUCAGAGCCUGAUAGCUCAGGGAAGAGAUGCUUCCUAGUUGCUGCAGUGUGUCUGGGGCUGCUGUGUGUUCUCCUACUGGCUGGGAUCAUAGGCCUGUCUGUCUACUAUAAUAGAGCCAUCAACGAUUCUGAGGAUAAAAGGAACAACUUGUUUCAGAGUUUCUCCCUUUAUAAAAUCAACGCAACUGAAGAGAGAGACCAGCUACAGACCAGAUACAACAACCUGACUAGAGAGAGAGACCAGCUACAGACCAGAUACAACAACCUGACUGAAGAGAAAGGCCAUAUUCAGGCAAAGCUUUUUGUGAUAGAGCAGUAUUGUCAGGAGGGAUGGAGAUACUUUGACUCCAAGUUCUACUUCCUCUCUACUGAGAAGAAAACCUGGAAGCAGAGCAGACAGGACUGUCUGGAUAGAGGAGCAGACCUGGUUAUCAUAAACAGCAGAGAGGAACAGACAUAUGUCUUCAACCUCCACCUGAGAGCCUGGAUUGGUCUAAAUGACUCUGUUACUGAGGGGACCUGGAAGUGGGUAGACGGCACCCCACUGACCACAGGGUACUGGGCGGCAGAACAGCCUGAUGAUUAUGAAAGGCAAGAGGACUGUGCUGAAAUAUACUAUGGACAAGAUGAUCCUGUAAAGACAUGGAAUGAUGACAAAUGUGGCACAAAUCAUAACUGGAUCUGUGAGAAAGUGGUGUAACAAUAACCUACUGUAACAAACAGUCUCUCUCGCUCUGUUAUUGUUAUUAUUAUGUUGAUGGUUGAACACAGUACUUAAUGGUUAAGUGAUGAUUCCACCUGGUGGUUAAGGUGAGAGAUGAACUCACCAUAGAGGAGAAAAAGUUGUAUUACAGAGUUGCCUACGGGCUCUUUUUCAAUUAGACCUUCCCCAAUUCCUCCUCACAUCCUCUCUCUUCGACUCCUUCUCCAAAGACAUUGGAGAAUAGAAUCCUAGGGAAGGGACCUUGGACCUUCUCCUCUAAUAGGGUUGAGAUAGAAGGAGAGGAGAUAGGAGAGGAAUCUAGGAAAGACUUUUUGAGAUAGAGCCUUAGUGUCAGAGAGAGACAUAGAGGAGGAAGAAGAAAAUUAAGAGAAUGAGGAAGAAAAUUAUUCUUGUUUAGAUUUAGAGGAGAGUAUGUAGACAUAUUGUACUCUGUAAAAUUAUUCUUCAUUAUUUGUAUUUAUUUAUGUCAUGUGAUUUGCCAUAGGCUUAUGCUUAGUAAAAAAAAAAGUGUGUCCAAUUA